AUGGCCAAGUCCAAGAACCAUACCACACACAACCAGUCCCGAAAAUGGCACAGAAAUGGUAUCAAGAAACCCCGAUCACAAAGAUACGAAUCUCUUAAGGGGGUGAACCCCAAGUUCCUGAGGAACAUGCACUUUGCCAAGAAGCACAACAAGAAGGGCCUAAAGAAGAUGCAGGCCAACAACGCCAAGGCCAUGAGUGCACGUGCCAAGGCUAUCGAGGCCCUCGUAAAGCCCAAGGAGGUUAAGCCCAAGAUCCCAAAGGGUGUCAACCGCAAGCUUGAUGGACUUGCCUACGUUGCCCACCCCAAGCUUGGGAAGCGUGCUCAUGCUUGCAUUGCCAAGGGGCUCCCACUGUGCCAGCCAAAGGCCAAGGCCAAGAAUCAAACCAAGGCCCAGGCUACAGCUCCAGCUUCAAUUCCAGCUCAGGCUCCCAAAGGUGCCCAGGCCCCUACAAAGGCUUCAGAGUAG